UUGAGCCUCUCUGAUCAUAGCCGCACCAUCCGUUCCCAUCGCGAAUCUUUGAUCUCGACGAUCGCCCCAAGAUGGUCGCUAGCUAGCUCCGUAUCUCCUUCCCAUAACCCUUGCUUGCUCUGCCCAAGCACAUACAUCGAUACGCACCAAUUCGUGCACCGUCAUCUUCUCCUUUCGUCAACUUUCGUCAACAAAUAUUGACGACGCGAGCGAAACUCGCUCACCCAGCGACGGUCCCAAAAACAGAAAGCUCAAAUUCUGUGGCUGUUUUCGGACACCUUGAGCUCAAUAGUACCUUACCGCACUGCUCACUGUCCAACAUCUGUCAGCGAGCAGCUGCCAAGUUGCGGAUCCAUGUCUGCACACAUUCAGCCACUUCCACGCUCUGGCUACGAGCGCGACGUCAACAUGAACCGUGGAAACAUGUUUGGUCGACAGCAGCAUGAGUACGAGCCUUCCGCAGGCGAGGGUUGGUACCCACAACACUCAGGGCCAAAUUCUCAUCCGCUACCGUACGGUGCAGUCGAGCCCGCGCAGUCCUUUUCGCCCACCGGCGAUGAAGGCGGUCGCUACGUGCAUCAUGAGGCAAUGUAUCCGCAUCGACAGCCCUAUCCGUCGUCAGCCGCUGCCCUGCAUCCGGCCUUUGCCAUGGGUGCAGAUGUGGGGCACGCCCAAAGGCCGAAUGGACCCCAAGGCGGCCCUUCCGGUGCACCUCAAUUUUCGUACCAGCCACCUCAAGGAUCGCAGUCUUUCUAUGGUUUGCAGUAUGGCCAGCCCUAUCCACCUCACUCGUCCUACUAUGACGUGCAGCCACCCACGGCAGUGCCUCCACAGCCCACUUCUCCUGUCGCAGGCGCUCACGAGGGUGAUUUCAGCGCCGCGAAUCCCGAUGCGUUGGCACCAAUUCAACAAGCACCGACGUACCAUGGCCAUGUCAAAUCCGCCAAAGAUGCCAUUCUUCUGCUUUCAGCCUGCGACCUCCCUCCAACAGCGGGAUCUGAUCCCAAUUGUCCUCCACCUCGUUGCGUCAUGCGCCGUCUACUUGACAGCGAGCGUGCAGCGCUCGUCAAGUCGGGCUCCAUAUUUGCCUGGGACGAGAAGAAGGCCGGUAUGCGCCGAUGGACCGACGGCAAAUGCUGGAGCGCAAGCCGCGUGUCUGGCUGCUUCUUGACCUAUCGCGAGCUCGAAGUUCGAAAGCGUCCUGCAAUGAGCUCGGCGAGCGGCACCACCGUUGCGACAUCCAAUCAAUACAAACUCGACGGCCUGAUCAAGCAGAGUUUCACCAUCACCACUCAAUCCGGUCGCAAGCUUCAUGUCAUCUCGUACUACACCAAACGUGACGUGCGCGAAGGCCGUCUACGCCGCAUCAGUGAGGACCCUCGAUUCGUGGGUGCAAGCGGCGGCGAGUGGGGUCUCAAUGUCGACGAAGCAGAAUACACGGAUCCGACCCUUCGCGACGGCGCUGGCGAGGAGGUCAUCGCUGCUGCUGCUGCGACCUCCUCACCCAGGGAUGCCCUCAGCGGUCUGCCUCGUCGCAACAGUAGCGCAAUCGAUCGUCCCUCACACCAGCGAUUUGGCAGCGGUCAGGGUUCCGGCAACUACUUCCCGGGCCUCGAGCCAGAAAGUCCACCGACAACGGGGACGAACAACUCCUCAUUUGGCGUCCACCAGCCUUUAAGUCCUCCAAAUGUCAGUGCUGCGUCUCCUCGUGGAUUCGCAGAUCAGACUGGUCGCGCGCAUGGAGAAGGCCCUUCGUCAAAUAACCCAUCAGCCGCUCGAAGUGGACUCCUUGGUGGAUCUUCGGCACAUACCAGAUACGCGCCGCAGUUGCCUCCACCGACGUCAGUCGUGCGGCCACUGAAACGCAAUGCACCCUCGUCGCCUUCGUCCGACCGUCACGGUGGAGCCAGUGGUCUACUAGUUUCUGGCGAACGUCCCUCGUCCAGCGACGCUUCUGUGGAUCUCCCACCUCCUCAGCGGCCUAGACUCGCACGCAUGCGAAGCUCCAGCAUGUCGGGUCUAACACCGAACUCUUUCGAUGGGACCAGUGCUCGACGCGGAGAUAGCUUUCAGAGUGCCUCGAGCCUGGGAACCACCGUCAGCGCAACUUCCACUAGAGCGCUGUCAGAGGAACGCAACAAAUUCACGAGCACCGACCACGACAGCGCAGUUGGUGCUCUGCUGAGCCUGCGAAGCUCUCAGUCUUCGCGAUCCGCCGAUCGAUCCCCACCGAUGGGCGGCGGAUCGCAGACGGCCGCAAAAUUUGCGGUGCCUGCCAGACCACCAGCUCAGCCUUUGCAGCAAUUCAAGACGUUGUCAAUGGGACCUGCGGCCGUCAUCGGUGCGAAACACACUCUCACCUCGACGAGCGUGCCUUCGAGCCCUGUUGCUUCUUCCUUUGGCGGCGCGUUGACAACCACUCAAGUUCCCGAAAGGUCCACUUCGGAUCGAUUUGCCCUCAACAAGCUCACUGUACGACUCUGAGCGCUACCUCGCAGAUGCACUUUCCUUCCUCAUCCCGUGAGCCCUUGACGCUGCCGUUCGGCCUUGGGCUCACAGAAAUCUGCGCGCCUGUUUCAGUCUCGUCUCCCUCAUGCGCCCAUGCGAAACUCUGUAUUAUCAUCGUUCGAAAGCUAAAAUGUCAAACCCACUUCAUACUUCUCUUAGUCUCGACGAUGAAGCUGGGCAGGUCGCACACGGAACGCAGCGAUCCCCGCGAGAUUGGCGGAUGUGCUAGGUCGACGAAAAACUUUCCUGAGUGCGCCUCGGCUUGCUCUCGCCUCGGGCUCGCACACAGCUCUGUGGCCUUCGCUCGUGUGAACCCUCGUGGGUCCAGGUAUCGAGCUGAGCAACGUUGAGCUACACCUCGGUGACGUUGGGGCAAAGCUCUGACCUUUGAUCGAACAGCACCCUGGCCAGGCGCGACCAUGACACCAAUAUAGGCCUCU